AUGCCUGCGUACAGCUACAAUGUUCCUGCUAUCGAUGACAAGAACCCAUUUUAUUGCCUAUCUGUAUCAGCGAAUACCUAUCUCAGCUCUCUGCGACACCGUGUUCAGAUUCACAGGCCCACUUCUACUACCAGGCAAUGCAAUGAAGAACUCUUCAUUUCCUUUGCCAGGACCCUCGACCAGUCGACCUCAGAAAGUGACACUGAAGACAACGUGGACUGGAUCGUCGGCACCUAUGUAUCUCAUGCUCGGGCUGUCGAUCCUGGUGUCUUGAACCCUCUGUUGCCUCCUCCGUACUCUGCCUUUGUCAAUGAUCUGGAACACAAGAGUACUCGGAAGGACAAUGGCCAUGGCUCUAUUGAAACAAUGGUAUUGAAACGCAGACAUCUAUCAUCCUUCAGUGACCUCCAAGGCCCACCCAAGUACUCCAGAUCAGCUGAGUCUCAGUCUACGUAUAACGCCUCUACGAAAUUCGACAUCACUCACAACAACAGGGAACCUCUCACAUAUCUUGUUGCCUCUUCUCCUGCUAGCAAGCUUCAACCUAAAACCCAUCCGAAAUCUUUGACCCCACCCAACUUGGAUAAGCUCAUCAAGGAUCUGGACGACAUUAUACCUGGGAUUCGAUUAUCUGAAUGA